CCGGCUUGCCCUAUACACUGUCUUUACCCUAUUCUGCUUUUUAGACUUUCAGUGUCAGUCACAUUGUUUGAACUAGUCAGACUAUCAGACCAGUCUUGUUAAACUACAGCAGAUAGCCCAAUUAGUUUUAUAAAAAUGAGUAACAAUCCUCUUCUUGUGAAUGUGGAAAACUGGGUUGCAGAGAACCAAAAUGCUUUCCUGCCACCAGUGUGCAACAAGCUCAUGCAUUUUCUCCAGUUGAAUGUCAUGUUUGUCGGAGGUCCAAACACCAGGAAGGAUUAUCAUAUCGAGGAAGGGGAGGAGUUAUUCUACCAGCUGAAGGGAGACAUGUGUCUGAAGGUGAUUGAAAACGGCAAACACAAGGAUGUGCACAUCAGAGAGGGAGAGAUGUUCCUGCUGCCAGCUCGGAUACCCCACUCCCCACAGAGACAGGCCAACACUGUGGGACUGGUGGUGGAGAGGAGACGACUGCUGACGGAGACUGACUGCCUGAGGUACUAUGUGGACAACACAGCUAAUAUCCUGUUUGAGAAAUGGUUUUACUGUGAGAAUCUUGGAACUCAACUGGUGCCAAUAAUCAAAGAGUUCUUGGCAUCAAAGCAGUACAAAACAGGGGAACCGGAUCCGAACGAAGUCUUCAGACAGCCUCCAUUCCAGAUGAACACUUUGAACGUGAUGUCGCCCUUCUGCUUCAAAGACUGGCUGGACAAACAGAGGCCAUCGCUGGCGAGUGGCAGGCCCAUCGACAUGUUCGGAGCUCAGUUUGAGACAGAGGCGAUGGUGUUUGGACCUGGCCUGUCAGAGACAACAGUGCCUCAGAGUGAUGUGUGGAUUUGGCAGCUGGAGGGAUCCUCCAGAGUCACUAUGAAUGAGGAAGAGUUCACUCUUUCUGCAGGAGACAGUUUACUUAUUCCUGAACAGAGCCAGUACCGGUGGCAGAGAGAUGAGGCAACUGUUGCCCUGUUCGUCGUUCAAAACCCUGAGCGGAAGAGACCAUGACCAUGGCCUGCCAAUUCACAAACACACAAUAAAUACACUUUAUACUUCAUGUAGGAGUGCACCAUGCACUCAUAUGUAAUAAGCUCCGUUACGUGUUAAUGAAAGUCAACCUUCAAUGAGUGAUAAUUCCCGAAAAGUUGUUGAAGCAGAAACUGUCAAUUGCAUUGUAGUUUCAAAUGCUGCUGGUCAAAGGUUUUAAAACACCGCUGUUUUAGUUAGAGAAAUGUAUGUAGUUUAAUAUCUCAAUGUAGUAAAGCACAGAACAAAUAAACAGUUGGAGAUUUUAAAAAAA